AUCCUUGGGCCUUCCAAUCAGGACCAGCACCAAUUUAACAAGCUUGGGCUAAAGCAUGAAAACCAGGCGCCGUUCGCCAUGAUACCUGGCGAAGAUGGCUGCGAUACCAUCCAUCCAUCAAACGGAAAAAUGUCUGCAAACGAGUUUCCCAUAGACCCUAAUGAGCCAACGUACUGCUUUUGUAAACAGGUUGCAUUUGGAGAAAUGAUUGCCUGCGACAACGAUGAUUGCGAUAUCAAAUGGUUUCACUUUGAGUGUGUUAAUAUGAAGACGCUUCCAAAGGGGGUUUGGUACUGCUUUGAAUGCGAGUCUCUCGAAAAUCAGUCAAAACCCGGAUCUUUAGGGUCAUCUCUGCCCAAUAGACGGGUGAAGAAUGUCCCAAUUAGGAAAUGA